UCUCUCAACUUGCUGCGGCGGCGGGGAUAAUGGCGGACGCCGACGGAAAGGCGGCAAAGGAACUUAUUCGCGACGUCGGAAAACAACUCGCUUCCAAACAAAAAUGCCCUAACAAAGACCUUCUCGUCAAACUGCUCCGACAAGCUGCAAAUGCGUUGCCUAAGUUAAAAACACAAUCAGAUUUGCUAAAGCCUGCUAUAAAGCCCUUGAGUGAUUCUAUACUGAAGCAUGGGUUGCUGCGUCAAAAGGACAAAGAUGUGUGUCUUUUGGUUGCCAUCUGUAUAUGUGAAAUACUCCGGAUCCUUGCCCCAAACCCUGGUUUUACUGAUGAAGAUUUCAAGGACAUAUUUCAACUCUUAUUGGGUAUGUUUGCGGAGCUUGGCGAUAUUAAAAGUCCAUAUUACUCUAGGAGGGUAGAGCUAUUGGAGACUAUUGCAAAGUUCAAUUUCUGUGUGCUUAUGCUGGAUACAGGAUGUGAAGUUUUAAUUUUGAAGAUGUUUAACGUAUUUUUCAGUGUCAUAAGGAAAGAACAUCCUUCAAAUGUAUUUGGUGCAAUGUCAUCAAUAAUGUCAGUUAUUAUCCAGGAGAAAUGUUCUCAAGGACUUCUAGAAGUCAUUCUGCGUAGUCUUUUAAAGGAGAGAAAGGAUGCAUCUCCUGCUGCUUGUCAGUUGGCUAUAUCUGUUAUCGAAGAUAGCAACCAGGCACUUCAACCAUUGGUUUGUCGUUUUCUCAACAGUUGUAUCUUGGACCAUGACAGUGUAAAUAGUGACCUCAAAGAAUCAUACCAUGCUAUUAUAUAUGAAGUCUUCCAGUGUGCUCCACAAAUGCUUAUUGCUGUUGUUCCCAACUUAACCCAGGAACUAUUGACUGAUCAGGUUGAUGUUCGAAUAACAGCUAUCAAGUUUGUCGGCAAACUUUUUUCAAUUCCUGGAUGUCAUGUUGCCCAAGAGUACCAUCAUCUAUUCAUAGAGUUUCUAAACAGAUUCUCUGACAAGUCUGCUGCUGUUAGACUUAAUGCUGUUUUAUGUGCUAAAUCCUUUUACUUGACCAAUACAUCAGGGGAGGAAUCCACUGCAGUUUUGUCUGCCCUCGAAGGCCGCCUUCUAGACUUUGAUGAUAAAGUGAGAACACAAGCGGUGGCAGUGGUGUGUGAUCUUGCAAAGUCUAGUCUCAGACCAGUACCACCUGAAUUGAUAGCUCAAGCUGCUAAAAGAUUACGUGAUAAGAAGGUAUCGGUUAGAAAGAAAGUCUUGAAAAUGUUACUAGAUGUAUAUCAUCAUUAUUGUUUUAGAUGUUCUGAAGGCAUCAUCAAAUUGAGUGAUGAAUUUGAACAAAUUCCUUGUGGUAUUCUGAUGCUUUGCUAUGACAAAGAUGUGGAUUUUGGGGUUCAGAACAUGGAGCAUGUGCUUGAAGAGGAUAUGUUUCCUGUUUCACUAUCAGUUGAGGAGAGGAUUAGGCACUGGCUUUUUAUAUUUUCACAUUCUGCAUCAGCUCAAAAGAAUGGAUUCUUCAGCUCUGCUCAUGAGAAGGCAUUGACUGCUGUUCUGUGUCAGAAAAACAGGUUGCAAAUUGAGAUGCAGAGGUACCUGGAUCUCCGUACAAAUGAAAAGAAUAUCUCUAAGAGAGGGGAAGAAAGCAUCAAUAGAAUGUUUGCAAAAAUGUCUACAUGCUUUCCUAUCUCAAUCAAAGCCGAUGAGAGCUUUCAUAAGUUGCAUCUAGUAAAAGAUGAUGACCUUUUUAAUAUCCUGAAGGAGAUUUUGUCUGAAGUGAAGUUUGAAAGUGCACAGAUAAUUCUAGAUAAUUUGGUAAAGAAGGCCAAGGACAUGGGUACAGAUUCUGAGUUUCUACAGUCACUUGGAACAAAAUGUUCAUUUAAUAUCUUUAGCUCUGAUCACGUGAGCUGUUUACUUGAUCUUCUCUCUGACGACAAUUUUGGGCAGCCAAGUUUAAAGGCAGCUUGUGUGACCCUCCUUAUGGUUAUUCUUAAUGUUAUCCCGGUACUUUUGAGAGGUUCCGAAGAGCAAUUAUGCAGGCUGUUGUUAGAAGAGAAAUCCGUACACUGUAAUGAGCUACUUCAAAUGUUAGUUAAAGCUGGACCACAUAUUUCUGUUGAUAUCAGUGUCAUGUAUCCUUUCUUAGAGCGGAUCUGCUUGAAUGGAACGCGUGCUCAAGCCAAGCUUGCAAUUUCUGCCAUCAGUGCAUUAAUAAUUACUUCCAAGGAGUUCACUUUCUCAUACCUGUGCAAGACACUUGUAGAUGCUCUUGAAAGUGGACAGAAUACCCCAGCAGUGUUGCAGUCUUUGGGCUGCAUGGCUCAGCAUUCUGUAUCUUCAUUUGAGUCCCAUGCUGAAGAGAUCACUCGGUAUAUUGUUGACAAUAUUUUUUCGGAAGAAGAGGAAGAAAUGCUAGAUUUAGUUUCAUCCAAUGAUUCAUCUGACUGCAGCACUACAUGCAAGUUGAAGAUAUUUGGGCUUAAAACGCUUGUCAAAAGCUUUUUGCCAUAUCAACGUAAAGGUGUCACUCGGGAUAUUGAUGAAGUGCUUGGCUUUAUAUCACAAAUGCUUCAAAGGGCUGAGGUUUCUGAAGGCACACUCUUCUGUGAAACUGACAAGGAUCGGCUUAGGCUAGCUGCAGGGACAUCUGUACUCCGGCUUUCUCAUAUAUGGGAUCCACAUAUUCCACCUGAUAUUUACUGCCAAACAGUCUUGAUGGCCAAGGACCGUUCUAUUUUGAUACGGAAAUCGUUCCUUAAAAAAACAUUCAAGCUUUUGAAGAAUAAUGUCCUACAUUGUAAAUAUCUAUGUGCUUUCGCAUUGGCUGCUUCAUCACAAAAAGAUGAGGCAUUAAAUUAUAUGGCAGAAAUUAUUAAGAGUCGUCAUAAAGAAGGUACAGUACCGUGGACUACAACCGUAAAGCGGGAUGCGACUGAUGAUCCCGUGUGUGCGGUGAUAUUUUUAAUCCAUAUCCUUGCCCAUGAUAAUGCUUUUUCCCUCCAAGAUUUUGAACAUGAGGCAGAUUCUGCUUUUUUCUGCCCAGUUGUUUAUACCAUGGAGACACUACUUAAUCCUUCUUUUGUAGAUGGUGAUAUGAAUCGGAUUAGUACAGUUUUUUCUGAUUUGCAUAAUAUAUUUAAGGCAAUCAAGAGGGCUGAAGAUGCACUUGAUGUUCAGAAAACUUCAAGGCUGCAUGCUUUAGCUAACUUGGGAUCCAAGUAUUUGCUUGAAAAGAAUAAUUGUGGAUUAUCGAUAUCACAUCAUCCAAGCAAUAUCUUACUGCCUUCAUCGCUAUUUAGAAAAAGUAAUGUUGACCGAGAACAGUCUUCUAGAAAUCAUAGCAAGGGUGCCCGGAAAAUGGUUGAGGAUCAUUCUGCUCAUGAUGGUCAGUUACACAAAAGAAGCAAAACAUUAAAUGUUCAUGAAGGAAGAUCACAUGAAACUCAAAAACAGAUCGUAUCUGGUGAAAAGGAGAAUCAGGACUUCACUUCUCCAGAAUCAAUCUCAUGUCAUGCAGAUAAAACUUUAUUAUUUCAGAUGGAGGAUUCUUCAUCUGACGACUAACUAGGAAAUGCAGCAGAGUAGGGCCUUCUAAUAUUAGAGUGGGAUAAUCGCAACACAAAGUCCAGGUUUAUAUUUUGAGGUAGGGGAAUCUCUCCCAAAGAAAAAUGCCACACAUUGGUGCUGUGGAGUUCCAUGAAUAGGUAACUUUAUGUUUAGAAAGAUGAUGUGUCAUGUUUGAUGUAUAGCUUAUACAUAAGAACGACUGUAUGUCCCCACUGUAUCAGGUGUUAACUUAUAGUUUUGUUACUUAUGUAUUGUAUUCAAAUGCUCAAGAAUGUCAUUUUCCUGA